AUGCCAUUCGGUUUAAAAAAUGCUUGUGCAACUUACCAGAGGCUGGUAAACAAGAUGUUUCAAGAGCAAAUCGGGAAGAACAUGGAGGUUUAUGUUGAUGACAUGCUAGUCAAAAGCAAGCUAUGGAUAGAUCAUGUGACAGAUUUGCAGGAGGCAUUUAGGAUAUUGAAGCGUUUCAAGAUGAAGCUUAAUCCUACGAAAUGUGCAUUUGGAGUUUCAUCUGGGAAGUUCCUCGGUUAUAUGGUGUCUAGCCGAGGAAUUGAAGCCAAUCCAGAGAAGAUCCAGGCGGUGUUGGAUAUGCAAUCUCCAAAAAAUGUAAAGCAAGUUCAGCAAUUGGCAGGGAGAAUCGCAGCUUUGAACAGGUUCAUCUCUCGGUCUACAGAUAAGUGUCUUCCGUUUUUUAAGAUUUUGCGCAAGACUUUCGAAUGGUCUGAAGAAUGUGAACAGGCAUUCGAGCAACUUAAGAGGUACCUGGUCAGUCCACCUCUUCUCAGCCGAGCUGUUCCUGGAGAAGUAUUAUAUUUAUACUUAGCUGUAUCGCCAAUUGCUGUUAGUGCGGCUUUGAUUCGCGAAGAAGAAGGGGUUCAGAAGCCAGUUUACUUCGUCAGCCGAGCGUUGCAAGGCGCCGAGGAGAGAUAUGUACAGAUGGAGAAACUUGCUUUCACCUUGGUAAUUGCUUCCAGGAAGCUCCGACCAUACUUCCAAGCUCAUACAAUUAAUGUCCUGACCGAGUAUCCAUUGAAGAAAGUACUUCGGAAGUUGGACUUGUCUGGUCGGUUAGUCAACUGGGCGAUUGAGAUUAGUGAAUUCGACAUUCACUUUGUUUCACGCAAUGCUGUUAAAGGUCAGGCUCUAGCAGACUUUGUGGCGGAAUUCACCAACAUCCAAGACCAGGAGGAUUGGCCAAAAGAGAGAACAUGGGUAAUUUAUGUGGAUGGUUCAUCUUCCAAAAGAAAUGGCGGAGCUGGGGUCGUGAUGAUCACACCGGAUGGAAGAGAGUUGAAGAGUUCAUUAAGAUUAGAAUUUAAAACUACUAACAAUAAAGCCGAGUAUGAAACUGUAAUAGCUGGACUCGGUUUAUCCCAAGAGCUGGAGGCAGAGUUUGUAGAGGUGCGGAGUGAUUCUCAAGUUAUUGUCAGCCACAUUCGCGGCGAGUUUGAGGCUAAGGGCAGCAAGAUGAAGCUCUACUUAUCCAAAAUUCAAGAGAAUGAGAAGGCAGACCAUCUAGCCCAAUUAGGCUCUUCAACCGAGUGUGAAGUAGGGGAGGCCGACCAGAUAGUACAAAUUCAGCAACAACCUUCCAUCGUUGAGAAGGUUUUUAUUUUAACUAUCGAAGUCAUGCCUGCUUGGGUUGAAGAAAUUGUUAGUUACCUCGAAAAGGGAAUUCUGCCAAGAGAUAAGAGGAAGGCGGUGCAGUUAAAGAGAAAGGCUGCUCGGUUCGCACUGGUCAAUGGGGCUCUUUUUAAACGAGGUUUUAUGUUACCUCUUCUUAAAUGUGUUUCUAAAGAAGAGGGUGAUUAUAUCCUUCGGGAGAUUCAUGAAGGAAUCUGUGGCAGUCACUCGGGAGCCCGCAUUUUAGCACAUAAAACGGUAAGAGCAGGGUUCUUUUGGCCGAGUAUGAACCAGGACUCCAUAAACAUGGUAAAAACUUGUGACAGUUGUCAGCGCUUUGCCAACGUUAUCAAGCAACCUCCUGAAGCACUUAGCUCGGCCGAAGCUCUGGUGAAUAUUACUGCAAAGAACAUCGAGAAAUUUCUUUGGAAAAGUGUCAUUUGUCGUUAUGGGAUUCCUCAUGCCUUUGUUACGGACAAUGCAAAACAAUUUGACUGUGAGUCCUUUCGAGAUUGGUGUUCCGGACUUCAUGUUCGGCAAUACUUUUCAUCCCCGGGACAUCCUCAAGCAAAUGGACAAGUAGAAGCGACUAACAAAACCAUAUUCAUGAUUCUGAAGAAGAAGCUCGAUCAGCACAAAGGGGGAUGGGCAGAAAAUCUUCCCGAAGUUCUAUGGGCAUACCGCACAACCAGAAGGACUCCGACUGAAGAAACUCCUUUCGCCUUAGCCUACGGAACCGAGGCUGUAAUCCCUGGCGAGAUCGGAUCAGGGAGUUUUCAAGUGGAUACAUUCAACCCCAAUUUCAACGGCGAGGGUCUAAAGUUACAUUUGGACAUACUACAAGGAAAACAAGAUUAG